AUGGCGUCGGGAUUCCUCGAUGCUCUCUUCCGUCGCCCGCAGAGGCUGAUCCUGCUGGUCACCAUCUUCCUUUUCCUCCUCACCUUCUCUACCUACGUCUCCUUCUCGUCCACUGGCGCCCAGAAUGUUCGCGAUCGAUGGAAUUCGCUCCCCGCCUUCUCCAACCCCUGGCAGUCUCCCAACAAAGGCGCAUCUUCCUACACGCCCCCGAGCUCGGUCGCUGAUAUGUACACACACAACCCUGGCACUCCAUCUUCCAUCGACGAGCUCUCCAAAUGGGCUCAGACCGGAGACGACGGCAACCUCUACCCUCCCACCUUUAUCCCGCAAAUGGCCAACCAGGGCCCACGCGCCAAAGCUGGUUUCAUCGUCCUCGUCCGAAACGCCGAGCUUCAAGGCAUGCGCGAGUCGAUGCGAGACGUCGAGGAGAAGUUCAACCGCAAGUACGGCUAUCCUUGGAUCUUUCUCAACAACGAACCUUUCACCGAAGAAUUCAAGCGCGGCGUUCGACAGAUGACCCGCAGCGAAUGUCGUUUCGGUUUGAUCCCCAAAGAGCACUGGGGCUACCCUGAAUGGAUCAGCCAGGAGAAGGCUGCCGAGACCCGCGUCAAGAUGAAGGACAUCAUCUACGGCUCCUCCGAAAGCUACCGUCACAUGUGCCGAUACCAGUCUGGCUUCUUCUUCCGCCACGAACUCACCCUCGACCUUGACUACUACUGGCGUGUCGAGCCAGGCAUCAAGCUCUACUGCGACAUCGACUACGAUCCUUUCGUAUUUAUGCAGAUGAACAACAAAACAUACGGGUUCACCAUGGCGCUCUACGAGUAUCACGACACUGUUCCGACUCUAUGGGACGAGACGAAAAAGUUCAUCGCUGCGCAUCCCGACUAUCUUGCCAAGAACAACGGUCUGCAUUUUAUGACCGACGAGCCGGAAAAAUUGCUCGAACCUGGAUGGAACAUGUGCCACAUGUGGUCAAACUUCGAAAUCGGUGACCUUCGCUUCUGGCGCUCACAACAGUACAUGGACUACUUCACCUGGCUCGACAAGGCAGGAGGAUUCUUCUACGAGCGAUGGGGAGAUGCUCCUGUGCACUCCAUCGCAGUGGUUCUGUUGCUGGACAAGAGUCGCUUGCAUCACUUUGACGACAUUGGGUACUUCCACAACCCCUGGAACCACUGCCCUGCCAAUCGCAAGAAGUAUCACGACACGGGUAGGUGCAACUGCGAUCCAAAGCAGUCGUUCGACCGUGAAGGUUACUCCUGUCUGCCAAAGUGGUGGCGCGGAGCUGUUGAGGGUGAGCCGAAGUAG